AUGGCAUCACCGGCCCUUUGUAGCCAUGCUCCGCAGAGCGGCUCCAGGCCAAAGUCGCGCCUCGUCCUAGCUCUCCUGGCGAUGAUUUGCUGGCAGAUGAGCCGGCAUUCAGUGAGCGCGUUCCUUCCUGGAAUUCAGGGAAGACGGCUGGCCAUCCAAGCUGCAUUGGUUGGCCUGGCGCCACAGGCGGCCAAAGCCGAGGAGGGAGCUCCUGUGAAGAAGGGCGGCAGAGCAUCCAAGUGGUAUGGGAUCUACGAGGACCCGAAGCACCCCGCAUGUGAUCGAUCCAUUGUCAUCGCUUUUGAUGGCACUAAGGGGAAGAUCGAAGGCUACGACUUGUCUGGUGCCGGUGACGAGGGCAAGUUCAGUUGCCGCAAGCGGAGGGAUGUACAGUACUACGACUGGUCGCUGAAGGUCAGCCUGGCCAACAAGGAUUCCAACGAGCUCGUGGUUGAACAAGCAGGCAGGGAUAUCGUGGACCGCAAGCGCAUCGGCCAGCCGUCAGAGGUAAUCGGAAAGUGGGACGGCGACGGCAUCCUGUGGCCAGAUGGCACGAAGUGGACCCAAAAGCGAUGGGAGCGAUGA